AUGGAGAAAGGUGAAGCUUCGAAUGUGUCGUACGAGGAAUUCGAGCCUUUCUGCAAAUGGAAAAAACUCGACGACUCCGACGUUCAUGUUCUUGAGGUUCAUCUCCCAGAAUUCAAGAAAGAAGAAUUGAGGGUUCGGAUAAAGAACAACUCUAUCCUUGCAAUUUCCGGGGAGCACCUAACGGCCAAUGAUGGGAAGAAGAUGCAAUUCAACAGAGAAAUCAAACUCCCAAAGGAUAUAUACCCAGACCAAAUCCGUGCCAAAUUCGGUGGCUCUGUUCUUUCUAUCACGAUGCCUAAGAAACCCAGCUCGGCGGAAAUCGGCAAACCAAAGGCGGACGCCGCCUCGGAGGGUAAUGACACAGCACCCAAUGAUGAUGGUGAGCCAAAGAACUUGAUAUCCAGGUUAACAAGUCCAUUAUCGAGGUUGAAAUUUAGCAAGAAAAAGGCGACGGCUUUGGCGGCGGCAGUGCUGAUUCUGGCCUUCGGAGCUUACUACUUGGUUAAAAACAGGGAUUAA